UGAAUCUUGAGGCCAGCCCGUGGGCUAACGGUGGUCAUUUCUGUAAAAUGGGUUGUGGGACAAGGCCCAUCUGUCCUCUCCAGUCUCCCCAAGACGUUAAUGGCGGGCGGCAACGGGGGUUAAGGAAAGGGAAAAGCAACCGAAGAAGAAAGGCGCCGCUUUUCUGCCGACGAACGAUGGUAUCGCCGAACCUAAACAGAGCGUUAACGAACACUCGCUUCUCUGACCUAAAUCCGGCGCUCUCCGAUCCGGUCCUCGAUGCCCUGAAAGAAGGUGGGUUCGAUUAUUGCACGCCGGUUCAAGCUGCUACCAUCCCCUUGCUAUGCGGCUACAAGGACGUCGCCGUCGACGCCGCCACCGGCUCCGGCGAAACCUUGGCUUUCGUUGUCCCGCUCGUUGAGAUUCUCCGCCGGGUCUCUCCUGCCCCCAAACCUCAACAGGUACUGGGAAUUAUAAUCUCACCUACGAGGGAGUUGUCAUCACAAAUAUAUCAUGUUGCAAAGCUUUUCAUUGCUACUUUAUCAAACUUGAAGUCCCUUCUCCUUGUUGGGGGAGGUGAUGUGAAGGCUGAUGUGAAGAAAAUAGAAGAAGAUGGAGCUAAUUUAUUGAUUGGGACGCCCAGUAGGUUGCAUGAUAUAAUGGAGCGGGUUGAUGACUUGGAUUUUCGGAACCUUGAGGUAUUGAUUUUAGAUGAGGCUGAUAGGCUAUUGGAUAUGGGGUUUCAGAAGCAGCUAAAUGCUAUUAUAUCCCGGUUGCCAAAGCUUCGAAGAACUGGUCUUUUCUCCGCUACACAAACUGAGGCAGUUCAAGAGCUGGCCAAAGCUGGACUUAGGAAUCCUGUAAGAGCUGAAGUUCGAGCCGAAAUGAAGUCAUUGGGUGAUUUAGGGUCAUCUCAACAUUCUGCUUCUUCCAAGACGCCAUCUGGGCUUCACCUUGAGUAUUUCGAGUGUGAAGCAGAUAAAAAACCAUCAGAACUUGUUGAUCUUCUUGUUAAGAACAAGUCUAGAAAGACUAUAAUAUACUUUAUGACAUGCGCUUGUGUUGAUUACUGGGGAGUUGUCCUUCCUCAACUCUCUGUUUUAAAGGGCCUCUCUUUGAUUUCUCUUCAUGGGAAGAUGAAGCAGAAUGCUAGAGAAAAAGCAUUGGCGAAAUUUACAUCCCUUACAAGUGGCGUUCUUCUAUGUACUGAUGUUGAUGCACGAGGGCUCGACAUCCUAGGUGUAGAUUAUAUAGUGCAGUAUGAUCCCCCACAAGAUCCAAAUGUAUUCAUCCACAGAGUUGGUCGAACUGCCCGUCUAGGUAGACAAGGACAUGGAAUCGUUUUCUAUUACCUAAGGGAGGAAGCCUACGUCGAAUUUCUGAGGAUUAGAAGGGUUCCUCUUGAAGAGAGGAAAAGUAUCGAUGAUGCCCCGGAUGUCGUGUCUCAGAUUCGAUCUGUUGCCAGAAAGGACCGUGACGUUAUGGAGAAAGGACAUCACUGUUCUUUUAUUUUCAGGAACUACAUAUGUUAUGAACUUGCGAUUGACUAUUUUAGGUGGAAAGAAUUCGAAGUUGGGAAAUUGGGCAUGGGAUUUGGGCUAUUACAACUUCCUUCAAUGCCUGAAGUAAAGCAUCACUCCCUCUCCACUGAAGGUUUCAUUCCAGUUGAAGACCUCAAAUUGGGGGAAAUAAAAUUCAAAUACUAACACGGUGGGAUGAUGGGCCACGUCGCCGAGCCACCAUCGGAGGGCCAGGGGUCGCCGGCGCUGUUCUGUGAGCGGGGGGAGUGUUUUUGGCCAAGCCGAGCCACUUUUGGGAAAAGUGGGGACAGAAAAAAGAAAAAAAAAACCAAAUUUGAAACCCAAAACCCAACAAAUCCGCUCAGCCAUUCUCUCUCCCCUCUCUCCAACUUUCGAACCCUCUCCCUCUUCUUCUCCCGAAAACCACAGAACAGCGACGAGAGAGGCGACGAGAGAGGCGACGCCGACGAGGAAAGCGACGGCGACGACGGCUGCGAGGUCGGCGACCGCUUGUUGGAUCUCCCGCCGACGACGACGUUGACGCUGGACCGACCGACGAGGAAGAAGCCGCCGCCGUCGCCGCCGUGGGAGGUAGAAGAAGACGCUGAGAACUCAAAGCCCAACAAUGAGGGAGAAGGAUCAUCAAAGCAGCCACCGGAUAUACAACAACAAGAGGAACAACCCGUGAGGAAGAAAUCCAAAACUGUUCCACCAAAAUCUGCAGCGAAAUCUCGUGAAGCAGCUGGAUCAUCACAGCAGCCGUCGGCUGAACAACCAUCAAAGGAACAACCCGGGAUGAAGAGAACGAAAAUGGUUGCAUCGAGAUCUCGUGAAGGAGAAAAAUCAAGGCAGCCGCCGCCUGCUAUUCCAGAAGUUGAGGAGGAAGAUGAGGAAGAAGAUGAUAAGGGAGAGGGUCCAUGCGGCUCAUAUUUCAGAUUUCGUGGGUCCACCUAUUCCCUCUGCAAAAUUAUAAACUACUCCAUCUGUUGGACUCUCUAAAACUAGGCGGGUUGCACACAAAGAGCAUCCCUAGCUGCCGGUUUUGGUGGAAGCAAACUGUCGAGAGGGCAGCCACAUCUAUCCCCGUAGUCAGGGGAAGAUAUGACCUAGCUGCCGCUCUGCUGAGUAGGGAAGAAAUCGCCUCUCGCAGGCAGCUCGAGCCGGCAGCUAGUGCAGCAGCUGCGAGCAAAUCAGCUCCUCCUCCAGAUCGUGCACCGUUGCCCACCACGGAAUGGUGGGAGACUGAAGAUUUGACUAGCCUUUCGCUGGGGCAGCUUAAGGGAUUGAAGGAAAUCACUGAGAGCAUGAUUGAAAAGUGGGUUCUUCUUCGACCUCUCGAACUCUGGGGUCUUUAGUGUUGCAAGCCAUUCCUCAGGUGUGUAGCUGUACAGACGGUCUCUCUCCUCAUCAGUCAUAUUCCUCUCAUCGGUGAUAAUCACAUCUGGACUCCUCUCAGCGCUCCUAUAAGCCGCUUCUACCAACUCCUCGUCUGUAGGCAACAUUCCGGUCUCUGCAAGUUGAGAGAACGACUCCACCACAUCUGUAGCUGGGUCAACUUCCUCGGCAUUAGCAGCGCUAGUAGCCUCAUGAGCUAUCUGCAAAAUGUCCUCAAAAGAGGUAUCUGGGAAUGUAUAGUGUAUCACCAUAGGGACUGUCACCUCAAACAACUCCUCGUCCGGUGUCUCUACAGUCUUCUCAGCUUCAUUCUCCACCACCUCAAAUCGAUUCUUCUCUUGAGAAUCUUCUUCAUAUUUCUCUCCAGUUGUCUCCACUUGUGGCUCGACCUGGUGCCUCUAGAGGCUGCUCAUCCAUUUCCAUUUUAGCUUCAGUAUUCUCAACUCGGUCUUCCACCACAUCUGUUUUAAGCUGCUCUAGCACCUCUUCAACAGUAUUCUCCAAAUGUCUCUUCCUGGAAUCCACGACCUUGAACCUGUCAUGCUCUUUCUUCUUUUCUAUCAUAUGUCCCAGUUUUGUUGCAAAGUCCAGCAAUUUUCCCAUAUGCCGGUUAAUCCCAGCACCUAGUACCUUGAGCUGGAAGACAAACGAACAUUUUGCGGGAAUUAAAAACUAUAUCCAAACUGCUCGUACAAUUAUCCCAUGUACCCAGACUAUUAUCAGAAUAGAGCGUACAAAUAUUCAAAUUGGCAGAAUUGAUAUCCAAACAUAACAAACACAAAUAUCCAC